AUGUCAAUCCAACCAUGCUGGUUCGACAAAGUCGCCGGUAUCAAAAAGACAAUCCGACUCAUCAGCGAAGCCAGCCAGAACGGAGCAUCUCUCAUAGCCUUCUCCGAAGUCUGGUUGCCCGGCUAUCCCAAUUUCCUAUGGUCAGGAACAUACGGGGAGAAUAUGCCCUUGGUGCAGAAGUACAUGCAAAACAGCAUUUCUGCCUAUGGAGACGAGAUGCUUGAGAUCCGUCAAGUUGCCGCAGCUGCGAACAUAUACGUAUGUUUUGGCUUCAGUGAGCGAGUCGGAGCUUCGUUGUAUCUCGCUCAGGUCCUCAUCGGUCCUGACGGAAACAUUCUUCUUCAUCGUCGCAAAACAAAGCCUACGCAUGUUGAGAGGACUAUUUUUGGCGAUUCCACUGGGGAUUCUCUCACUACCGUGGUGGAUACCCCCUUGGGAAAGAUUGGCAUGUUGAACUGUUGGGAACACCUCCAGCCUCUCCUCAAGUAUCACACCUACUGCCAAGGUGAACAAGUUCAUAUCGCGGCCUGGCCGUUCAACGCAAAGUGGACUGAAUCAGCUGUUGAGCCCUACUCAGUCUUUUCAGAGGCCAACGAGGUCACAGCCAGUCGCAUGUAUGCCCUGGAGGGUGCUGUAUACGUCCUCGUAACCAACCAGCCACUAUCCGCCGAAGGCGCCAAGCUAAACAGUGAGGGUCAAGGGAACGCAGACAAGGACGGUUUCAUGCUCGCUGGAGGCGGUGGUGCCGCAGCUGUCUUUGGUCCGGAUGGCCGACAGCUGACUGAGCCUACUGACCCCUUGUUUGAUGGCCUGAUUUACUGCGACAUUGAUCUGGACAAGAUUGACUACGCAAAGACCUUGACUGACUGUGUGGGUCACUACUCACGACCUGACCUGCUACGGCUGGUUGUUGAUGAUCAACCCAAGAACUAUGUCGUUCGCGUAUCUGAUGGACCGACGAAUACUACUUAUCACACUGGUACAACUGGCGAGACGCUGCUUUCUGCUCACGAGAAGUUGGAUGAGCUUCUCGCCAAGAAGGCUCAAAAGGACGAGGCAAGGUCGUGA